AUGGCGAUGGACUCUCGUGCCUAUAACUUCAGUUACAGCACCACCUCUAUACAACAAAAUCUGAUCGCCGCCGCCCAGCGGCAGCAGUGGUGGAGGCGGGGGCACUUCCGAGCUCUCUCCGCCGCCUGUCUCCUCCGGCUUCGCGGCCGAGGAAGAAGCCAUGGCCGGAAAAAUCCUCAGUACCCUGAGAGAGGAUGUGGUGCGUGGAGUGAGUGUGAGUGUGUGUGUGAGAGAGAGAGCUUCGCACUGUUUCUAGAGAUGAAGAUGAAGGUGGGAGAGGCGAAAAUGACGAAAAGGCCCUCGGGUUUUGUUUGCGUCGAAAAGGCUGAACGAAGGGCUCUUUGGAGACCAUGGAAGUUGCAACGGCUACGAAGGGAAAAAAGAAUGAAAGGGUCAAAACACGUGGCAGGCUGGUCUUUACCUCAUCAUUGUGCUUUUAGAAAGGCGGCCCAAGCCCACACAUGA